UUCUGUCUUCCUCGAAAAAAAUUGCAAUACGUCGCAACGAACACGGUAAAAGCGCAAAACUGCGCUCUAAAAUGAGUCUUAACAUAUCAAAAUUGUUUUCGCGAAAGAAAACCGGUACGGUUGACACGGUCGCUGAGAUUGGUUUGCCUACGAACGUUUCUCAUAAAUUUCAUGUGAGUAAAAAUGCCAAGACAGGACAAUUGGAGGGUCUUCCAGAGUCGUGGAUCCGUUUGCUCAAUACGCAAAUAUCGAAGUCGGAACAGGACGAACAUCCUGCCGCGGCUUUGCAAGCUAUUAAGUUUUACAAUUAUUCCAUCAAACGAAAACCAGAAGAAAAUGUAUUUAAACCUUUCGUUACGGAAGAUCUGAUCGAGGAAGAGUCACAAGAAAUUGAUAAAAUCUUGUCGAAGAAGUACCACUCUGAGGAUUCAGAUGAGUCAAGUUCUGCAAGCUCUACAGAUAGUCAAGUACAGAGGUUACCAGAACUUCCACCAAAAGUGAACAAGAUUCCAAAACCCACACCACGUAUGUGCCCUGAUAGAGUGGAGAAGACUCUUACUGAAAUUCUUGAAGAUUUAAACACAUACCACAUUGAAGAUGAUCAGUUGCCUGAAAAUGAAAAUGAACAGAUUAUGAUAGAUGAGAACUCUGUUUUACGAAGGAGAACAGAAUGUUCAGGGAUGAAACAUAGUGAAAGUUUUGAAGAACUUCGAGCUAUCUGUAAUAAGGGUGAUGCAAAUUUACGCUUUGAAAGAACUAGAGAGGUUGGAGCUGGUGGUUCAGGUACGGUAUUUAUAGCCACUGAUUCACAGACUAAACAAAAAGUUGCUAUAAAAGACAUAGAUUUACAGAAGCAACCAAAGAAAGAACUUAUAUUAACAGAAAUUAAAGUUCUCAGAGAAUUUCAACAUCCAAAUCUGGUUAAUUUUUUGGAUGCAUAUCUUGUAAAUGAUCACCUUUGGGUUGUUAUGGAAUUAUUACAAGGUGGACCACUUACUGAUGUUGUUACAGAAACUGUAAUGAAAGAGGUACAAAUUGCUGCAGUUUGUAGAGAAGUUCUGAAUGCAAUUAGUUUUCUACAUACAAGAGGAAUUAUUCAUAGAGAUAUCAAGUCGGAUAAUGUGCUUCUUGGAAUGAACGGUGCUGUGAAAGUUACAGAUUUUGGUUUUUGUGCUAAUAUUAUAGGUGAUGAAAAACGCCAAACUAUGGUUGGUACUCCAUAUUGGAUGGCACCAGAAGUAGUGACUAGAAAACAAUAUGGCAAAAAAGUGGACAUAUGGUCUUUAGGUAUUAUGGCUAUUGAAAUGAUAGAAGGUGAACCACCAUAUAUGAAAGAAUCACCAUUAAGAGCUUUAUAUUUAAUUGCUGCUAUUGGCAAGCCUUCUGUACCUCGAUGGGAUACAUUAAGUCCAAUAUUUCAGAAUUUCUUAGAAAGAUGUUUGGCAGUUGAAGUUGAUGAAAGGGCAACUGCUGAUGAAUUAUUGUGUCAUUCAUUUUUAGAUAAUUGUGCAGAAUUAACAAGUCUUAUACCACUGAUAAGAACUGCACAGCGAGUUCUUCAUAAAGUGUAUAAUUGA